CAGGAGCAGGACAGACCUUGAAAGAGCAAGGGAAGCAGUAAAAAAAGACGGCUGUGAAGUUGAAUAAGAGGCCAUAUCGCACAUCCAGUCGGUGUUUUUAAGAGUGCGGCUCAGGUUUCUGUGACGGGGAGGGACCCACAGUUCAUUCCCUGUGAGGCUGCUGCCGGCACUGCGAUGAGCUUCACUGAGAAGUCACGAAAGUCUUGGAUUGAGGAAACCUUCUUCAAGAGAGAGUGUGUGAAGUUCAUCCCCUCCUCUCGGGACCUGCACAGAUGUAUUCCAGUAUGCCAAGUGUGCCAAAACUUGAUCAGAUGUUGUUGUGGCCGUCUGAUUGGGGAGCACAUCUGGCAAGAGUCCUCUCCCCCCAUAUCCCUCUAUCCUGGUCCUGGACAGGACGUGGAGGAGGACUGGUCCAUAGAGCUCCACACCAAAGCCAGUCCCACCAAUGCCUAUGGGAUUGUAGACUUUGAGGACACUGCCACACGUGUUUGCCGGGCCAAGUUUGUACGUGUGGCUGUGGAUUCAAAGCCGGAGGCGCUGCUCCAACUGAUGCUGAGGGAGUGGCAGAUGGAGCGACCCAAGCUGCUGCUGACUGUCCAGGGAGGCUCAGAAAACUUCACCCUGCCCCCUAAAGUCAAGCAGGCCUUCAGCAAAGGGCUGAUGACUGCUGCCGUCAGCACUGGGGCAUGGAUACUCACUGAUGGCAUUAAUACAGGUGUGUCUAAGUAUGUGGGCGAGGCAGUGAAAACAUUCGGGGGCCACGACCUGAGGAAGAGGAACACAGUUGGCAUCACACCGUGGGGAGUUAUUGACAACAACACUGACCUUAUAGGCAGAGAUGUGUUCAGGCCCUACCAGCCACUGGGGAACCCUCUGAGCAAGAGGGCCUGUCUUAAUGGUUUCCACUCCCACUUUCUGCUGGUGGAUGAUGGAACGCUGGGAAAACAUGGCUGCCAGCAAGGCCUCCGGAAGAAGCUGGAAAAACACAUCCAACUACAAAAGAUACACCCCCGACUGAACCAAGGAGUGCCGGUGGUGUGUGUGGUGGUGGAGGGAGGCCCUGCCAUGGUGUCCACAGUGUUGGACUACGUGAGCAGUGCGCCCCCUGUGCCAGUGUUUGUGUUUGAAGGGUCAGGCAGGGCUGCCGACCUGCUUGCCUUCUUACACAAGCAGACUGCUAAUGACAGGCAGUUGGAUCCUGAUAUUAAAGAGGACUUCCAUGUCAGGAUUGAAGGUGUGUUUGGCGUAGAGAGAGCAGAAGCCUCUCAGCUCUACAACCUCCUCCUGCAGUGUAUGGAUCACAGACAGUCUAUAACCAUCUUCGAUUCAGAGUCAGAAGACAACAUGACCCCCGAUGCAGCCAUUUUGACAGCUACUCUCAAGGGUACCAGGGCCAGUCCUGCUGAGCAGCUGAGCAUGGCGCUAGCCUGGGACAGGGCUGACAUUGCCCAGAAAGAUGUCCUGGUGCAUGGACAGCAUUGGCAGGCGGGUUCUAUGGAACAGGCAAUGCUGGAUGCUCUGGUGAUGGAUCGGGUCAGUUUUGUCAAACUGCUGAUUGACAACGGCAUGACUAUGAGCCGCUUCCUAACUGUGGAUCGCCUUGAGGAGCUCUAUAACACGCCACAGGGACAGACGGACCGCUUCCUCCACCACCUUGUUGAAGAUGUGAAACAGACUUCUCUUCCAUUAGGUUACCGUCUUUCUAUCAUUGACAUGGGCCUAGUGAUAGAGUACCUCAUAGGAGGAGCCUACCGCAGCACCUACACAAGGAAACAUUUUAGAGCAGCUUACAGCCGCCUGCAGGACAAAGAGGGUAGAUGGGACAGCUCCACCUCCUUGUCAAAACAGAGACGGGGAUUAACACCAAAUUCCAGCAGGGGCAGGAGUCUCCAGGACCUGCAUUUCUUUAGAACUGCUCAGCCCCACAGACCAAAGGAGCAGGAUGUGUCAGCCAGCAGCAGUCAGGAGAUCACCACGACUCCUGUCAUCGAUAACACACCACUGCUGGUUCCCUUUAACUUCAAUGACCUCUUUGUAUGGGCUGUACUUCAACAAAGGCAGCAGAUGGCGCUGUUCCUGUGGCAGCACGGCGAGGAGGCGCUCGCACGUGCAGCGGUGGCCUGUAAACUCUACCGCUCCAUGGCCUUGGAGGCACGUCAGAGCGGCAUGGACGACAUCAUAUCAGAGCGAUUCAAGUCAUAUUCACUGGAGUUUGGUCAGCUGGCUGUGGAUGUGUUAGACUGUGCAUUUCGUCAGAACGAGCAGAUGGCCAUGAAGCUGUUGACUUCAGAGAUGGAGGCAUGGAGCCACUUCACCUGUCUGCAGAUGGCUGUCUCUUCGUGUCAUAGACCAUUCGUCUCACACUCCUGCACCCAGACCCUCCUCACAGAUCUCUGGACGGGUCCACUCAACAUGAGAAAAAACUCCUUUUUGAAGAUUAUUUUGAGCCUUCUUCUGCCCCCCGCCAUCUUGCUGCUGGAGUUUAAAAGCAAAGCUGAAAUGUGCCAUGUACCACAGUCCCAUGAGGCUAUGCUGUUUGGACUCGACUCUGUGAAGUCGUUCCCAGCCCACAAGGGAACUGAUCACACGGGCAGUCAGGAUGCAGAGCGAGGCCUGUCUUUCCAUGACAAAUGUCUUGGCCCUGUGUCAGAAACUGUAUCCUCUGUGACUGUGCAUUGUCUGUCCUGGAUCACAAAACUCUAUGAAUUCUACACAGCGCCUGUUGUCAAGUUCUGGUUUCACACAAUGUCCUACUUGGCUUUUCUGAUGUUAUUCUCCUAUGUCAUCCUGGUGAAGAUGGGGGAUCAACCCAGUGUUCAGGAGUGGAUAGUUAUUGCGUACAUCUCGUCCACAGCAGUGGAGAAAACCAGAGAGGUACUGAUGUCCGAACCGAGGAAGCUGAGUCAGAAGCUGAAGAUUUGGUUCUCAGAGUACUGGAAUGUAUCAGAUUUCAUUGCCAUCCUCCUCUUCCUGGCUGGACUGGUAAUGCGUUUGCAUCCUAACCCCUACCAGACAGCAGGGCGCAUCAGUUACUGUCUGGACAUCAUCUUCUGGUUUGUCAGGGUGAUGGAUCUGUUGGCUGUCAAUCAGCAUGCUGGACCUUACCUCACCAUGAUCACAAAGAUGACCACUAACAUGUUCUUCAUCGUGGUGAUGAUGGCAAUAGUGCUGUUGAGCUUCGGGGUGUCCAGGAAAGCCAUCCUGUCACCAGAUGAGGAGCCGUCCUGGAGCUUAGCUCGAGAUGUAGUCUUCCAGCCCUACUGGAUGAUCUAUGGAGAGGUCUACCAAUCGGAGAUAGAUGUCUGUGAUGACGGUCAUCCAUGUCCACCGGCUUCCUUCCUCACGCCCUUCCUCCAGGCUGUCUAUAUGUUCUUCCAGUAUAUCAUCAUGGUCAACGUUCUCAUUGCAUUUUUUAACAACAUCUACUUUGACAUGGCGUCAAUAUCCAAUAAGCUGUGGAAGUACAACCGCUAUCGCUACAUAAUGACCUAUCAAGAGAGGCCAUGGCUGCCACCACCUCUUAUCCUCCUCAGUCACAUGACCCUAGCUUUGAGAGCUAUCUACAGGAGAUGUCGUGGAGACGCUGAGCAAGAGGAGAGAGCCUCUGGACUUAAGCUCCUUCUGGGCCAUGAGGAUCGAAAGAAGCUCCACGAGUUUGAGGAAAAAUGUAUCAAGGCCCACUUCCAUGAGAAGAGUGAUGGUCUUCUCAGCAGUCAAAUUAACAGGAUCAGAGCCACAGCUAAGAGGGCAAAGGAAAUGUGCUCGAUGAUUGGGGAGAUCACAGAGAAGGUCAGCUUCAUUCAGGACAGCCUGUCAGAUUUGGAUGGUCAGCUGGGCCAACUCCAGGACCUGUCGGCGCUGGCUGUGGACACCCUCACUCUGCUCUCUGCUUCUGACAGUCUGCAUCAGGAGGAGGCGCGCCUGGCUCAGUGUCGCCCCAUUGCAGCAUCCCAGCACAUCCUCCCUCACAGCUGGACCCUCCCGCAUAGAAGUGGAGCAGAAUGGGAUGGACUUAAUGUGCGGCGAAUGCUGUCGUGUAAGUCAUGUAAAAGUACCCCGCCCUCUUUGCUGAAGGGCUGCACUCUGGUGGCGAGUAGAUGGGCAUCACAGGAGUGUCAUGUUGGAGCCAGAGGGAGCAGGGGAGGAAGACAAGUACGCACCGAGGAGGGAGAGCAAGGACUAAAGGAGCCUACUACCGUUUACCAUCCCAGUGAGAAGUGGCCAGGAGUUUCUGGAGCUGCAUCCCGACAGACACCCUGUGAGUCCUGUGGACCGUCUCGCUGUGCGUCUCCUCUUUCAUCCAGAGGUGUGGAAUCACCACAUCAUAAACUCUGGAUGUGUGACCCAUGCCUGUAUCCCAGUCAGGAGGAAACGUCCAUGGAGGAGGAGGAAGAGGGACAAGAAGAAGAAGAAGAAGAAGAAGAGGAAGAAGAAGAAGAAGAAGAGGAAAAGAAGGAAAGGACGCAGGAACAGCUGUCAGACACAGAAGCAUCCAGAACCUCGAGCAAUGCUUUCCUUCUGUCUGAACCUCAAAACCUCUCUGAGGGUGUGGUAAAUCCUGCCUAUUCUCCAGAAAAUAGCCCACCAAGUUCUCACUGCAGACCCUUCAGCCAACAAGGAAGAACUGUGAAAUCUCACAGGUGGGCGUGCCUGUCCACAGACCGCCCCUACGGCCACUGCAGAUCCCUGUCAUCCAGUGUGGAGAAUAUGACCUUCCCUGGCACAAUGACAGGGUCAUUUCCUUCUCUUAAUGAAACACUGAACAAAGAAAGUUUGUCCAGUGGAAGGAGUUUUAGAGACGACACAUUGCUACGAUGCAGCAAGACAAAAGAGUGGUCCAAGUCCUCUGACUUCACUCUAGUUGACAGCACAGCCAAAAGCCAGAACAGGAAGACGGUGAAGAUACAAGAGAGCAGUCCAGAAACUAUAACCACGGAGUCCCACUUGUCUGAUGCCUGCUGGAAAAAGUUCCGGAGACUUAGAGGGGAACCUACAUGUUGGUCGGCUUCAACCAGCCUCACUCAGCUCAACUUCGAACCAAUGGAUUUGUUACAGAAACAAGUGUUUUCCCAUCAGGAUAUGUGGAGCCCCACUCAUUCAGCAUGGAACAGCUGGGCCAGAUCCAUGAGCAGGAGGUCUUCUUUACAGAGUGGGAUUGCUCCUGAAGCAGUGAAGAGCCCCUCAUUCCAGUCCACUGACAGUUUGUACCCGCACUAUUCAGCUGUGGAGAGAAACAACCUAAUGAGACUGGCUCACACCAUCCCCUUCACACCUGUUUCCAUUAUGGGAGGUGAAGAGGUGAGUGUCUACUCUCUGGAGGAAGUGCCCUCUCAUGUUGACCCUGAAUCCAACACAGUCUCUUCCUGGUCAUCACGAGGCCUGUCUGCCAUGCUGCAGCCCCUCUUCAGUGAGGAGGGCUCUCUGGAUGGGGGUCUACGGCGGGGCUGCAGGGUGCUGUGUACCUGGGCGGAACAGGACGUGCUCAGACCUGGUCUGGUAUACAUAGUCAAAGCCUUUAGAGCGGAGGUGGUUCGUACCUGGCAGAGGUACUUCCAUGGUAGCACAGCACUGCAGCUUUGUUUAAGAGAGAUCCAGCAGCAGAGAGCAGCCCAGAAGAUGAUGACAGUGUUCAACCAGGUCAAACCUGAAGAUAUGCAACACUCACCAAGGUUUCUAGAUGUGUCGCUGGUCCUCUGGCAUUCAAAUGGCCAGUGGCUGACUAUUGAGAGGAACAUGUCUGGUGACUUCAGGAAGUACAACAACAACACAGGAGAGGAGAUUGACCCCUGCUGUUCACUGGAAGAAAUGCUGCUAGCAUUCUCCCACUGGACGUAUGAGUACUCAUGUAGAGAGCUUCUGGUGCUCGAUAUACAAGGAGUGGGAGAAGAACUGACUGAUCCAACCGUGAUUAUGACAGACAAUCAAAGUGGUGGCAGGGGUGAGAUGCUGUUUGGUCCUGAUAACCUUGGAGAUGCUGCCAUCAGUGGGUUCCUGCAGAAGCACUCUUGUGGCGCCUGCUGCCGCAGACUGGGCCUAACAGAUUCCUCCAACAAAUCAAACCAAAUUAUUCAUGCUGGAUGCGUGGACUUCCUCCCAGGCCUAUUUAAGGAAGUGUUCGGACAGCUGCAAGAACAGCCGUGAGGCAGAGCCAAUGGUGGGGAAGAAAGAACAAGAAGACGAUACGGAGUUGUAACCUUUGACCCAGGAAGUAGGGAAAAAAAGACACUUGCACUUUUACCAACAUGUGUACGUAGACUGCCUGAACACACACUCACACAUAUGUCCUUACAAGAUACUGUCUCUGUAUCCUGCAGCAGCCCUGAUUCCUUUGCAGUGGAAACAGUGCUAAUUUUUUAAAACAUUUUUUAUCAUGAACAAUCUGUGACUAGACACUAGAGACUUAAUUACUAUAAUUUGUAAAAAAAAAAAAAAGAUGCUAAUAUAUUGUUUCAGUGUAGUAAGAAAAUACUGUCAGGAAGAAGGAAGUGUUACAUAUUUUAUUUUUUAUUUUUGUAUUUGUAUCCUAUGAAUCAUAAAGAGAAAUGCAGUAUUGACAAACUGCUUUUUCUAAAUUGCAUUUUGCAUUUUUUUUUUUACUUUUUCGAAAAAUAUUUUGAUAAUCUGACAGAAACAUAUGUCGUUCUGCUCAUAAUGUUCCAAAAUUGUUCCAUGUUUGGAAAAAAUUAAAAGUGUGUAUGUGACAGAAUAACGAGGCAGAAAUGCACCCAUAAAAUUUAUUUUAUUUUUUUUCUUCCCACAACAAAAUGUCUACAAAAGCGAUAAAAUAUAGAAUUUAACAAAAAUCACUUCAGACCUUCACAUUGUAUAUACAUCUCAAAGGAGGACUCAGUUUGGGCCCUGCAUAGCUCUGAACUUCAACCCAUUCCGAUCCAUCAAAUGUGGCUGUUUGUGGCUCUCUUUGAUGCAAAUGAAUGCACUCAUGCACACACACGUUUUCAUCCUCAUGUUAAAAAGAAAAACAAUUACAGUAGAGCUCAUGGAUUUCUAGUCGAGUCAGAGUUCAGAGUCCAGCAGAGUCCCCGCUCACCAAAUGAAAAAAGCAUAAAAUGUAAAAACUGUUUGUCAGUGUAAUUAAAUACACAUUUUCCUUGGA